GAAACUGAAACUGAGACAAAAUACGAACGAACACCGGCUGUCAGUUUUAGAAAAAUUUGUUGGAGAGGAGAGAGAGCAGAGCUAAGCAUGGAGAGCCGAGCAUACACCAGAUAAAGACUUGUUUCAUUUGAUAUUCGCGGCACUACCAAAUCAAAUACGCUGGAGUUACGGGGGCCAGGCCACACCACCGGCGUAGAUGUGACGCCUAUUUAGCAUUAUUAACCUGCAGUUAUCGCACAAUUAGUACGCGGGUGAGAAUUUAAAUUGAGAAGUCAGACCAGGCACCUGUGAUACGUUAUUUUAUUCCCAAAUCGGUUCGGUAAUCGGAAGUGACCAAGAACAAUACUGAAUACUGUUUCGUCUCAAAAAUAGACGGAAAGGAACAGAAACAUGUAUUCGAAAAUCUUUCGCACUGUGAUAAUCGGAGCUCCUGGCUCCGGAAAGGGCACCAUUUCCGAACUUAUCGUCCAAACCUUUGGAUUUCUCCAUAUUUCGUCUGGAGACAUCCUGCGCCAGAACAUAAUGAACAACACCGAUUUGGGGAAGAAAGCACGACAGUACAUCAGUUCCGGGAGACUAGUGCCGGAUGAAAUCCUGAACAAAACAAUGCUUGGUCGUAUCACAGAAGUGGGAAACAAGUCUUACAUCCUGGAUGGAUUUCCACGAAAUAAAGAACAGGCCGAAGUUCUGGCCGGCAGUGAGCAUAUUGAUGCCGUGAUCAAUCUCGUAGUUGCACAUGACGUAAUCAUAGAUCGAGUCAAGAACCGAUGGAUCCACCCUCCCUCUGGAAGGGUCUACAACAUUGGCUUUAACGAUCCAAGGGUACCUGGAAAAGAUGAUGAAACAGGCGAACCGUUGGUGCAGCGCGAAGAUGAUAAGCCAGAGGUGGUGAAAAAACGCCUGCAGCUCUACGAUAAAAUAAUGCUCCCAGUUUUAGAAUAUUACAAAGAUAGAGGUAUUGUCACCACUUUUAGGGGUUCAAGGAGCAAGGAAAUCUGGCCGCGAGUAGAACUCUUCCUUAGAGAAAAGAUCCAUAAGUGCCCUUGAUCCAAUAUGUGAUCCAAUGCCCGUACUGAAAUUGAAUUCCACCCAUUGGGCACAAAAUACCGAUAAGUAAAAAUUGCAAAAACAAACUGCAUAUAGAGCUAUAAGAAAUAAAAAAUUAUUUUUUCAACUUUUUAGGAUAAUCAUGGACAUUUCAUAGAAAAUAUUUUCAAUAAAGCAACGCCUAAUAAAAGUCAA